AAAUGGCCGACGAGGAGAUCUCAAAAGCGUUUCGCGACUUGCAAUUCAAAACCAAUGAAACACGAAUGCGGAUAGUUCAAGGAGAACAAAAUAAGAAAGUUAACUAUCAGAAAAUGAGGAUCUCAGAGAGCACAAAAAAGAACUUGGUGGAUUUGGAUGAAAACCUCAAGUACUAUCGAUCUGUUGGGCGUAUGUUCCUGCUGACCGACAAACCAGCUGAAAUUUCCAGACAUGAAGCUGAAGCUAAACAGUCAAAAGAGAAAAUUGAAGCUAUCGAGAAGCAGAAAGACUAUUUGGAGAAAGGAUUGGUGGAGGCUGAAACGAAUCUUCGCGAGCUGAUUCAAAGUAGACGCUGAACCCUCGGGAAUAAUUUCUAUUUUGUGUGUAAAAUUGCUUUAUUGUUUACGUUUGCAUCAUUUUUUCGAAUGAAUCUCUUCUGGCGUACGUAUAAACGUUUUCAAAAC